AUGGCUGCUACUGCUAUUGCUGGUAACGGAUCUGCUGUUUCGUGGAUGCAAUUUGGAAGAAAGGAAAAGAAACAGAAUAAGAUGAACAGAGUUAGGGUUUGUUGUUCAUCUUCAGUAACAGAUCCUUAUAAGAUAUUAAGGAUUCAACCAGAUGCUUCUGAAUCUGAUGUUAGAAAGGCUUUUAGACAGCUUGCUUUGCAGUAUCAUCCAGAUAUUUGCAAAGGAAGUGAUUGUGGCGUGCAGUUUCACCUAAUCAAUGAGGCCUAUGAUGUUGCGAUGGCAAAUUUGAGAGAAGAAACAAGGAAGAGUGAAGAGUGUAAGAAGAAGAAGAUCUAUUAUGAUGAUGAACCAUUAAGAGGAAUGCAUGAUCCAGAUUGGCAAUAUUGGGAAGAAUGGAUGGGUUAUGAAGGAGCAGGAAUUACUGACUGGUCUUCUCAUAUUAAUCCUUUCAUUUGA